AUGUCUAAAUUAUCACUAAAAGAUCUCUCCUGCUCCAUCUGCCAGGACGUCUUCAAGGAUCCGGUUGUCCUGUCCUGUAGCCACAGCUUCUGUAAAGACUGUCUGAAGAAGUGGUGGAGAGAGAAACUAACUCAGGAGUGUCCAGUUUGUAACAGAAGAUCCUCAAGGAGUGAACCGCCUGUUAGUUUGGUGAUAAAGAACCUGUGUGAGUCCUUCUUACUGCAGAGAGACCAGAGAGCUCCAGAGACUCUCUGCAGUCUGCACUCUGAGAAACUCAAACUCUUCUGUCUGGACCAUCAGCAGCCGGUGUGUGUCGUCUGCAGAGAUUCAGAGAAACACACCGACCACAGAUUCAAACCCAUCGAUGAAGCUGCAGAGGAUCUCAAAGAGGAGCUCCAGAGAUCCCUGAAGCCCUUAAAGGAGAAACUGAAGCUGUUUGAACAAGUCAAAGGAAACUGUGAUCAAACAGCAGAACACAUGAAGGUCCAGGUCCAACACACAGAGAGACAGAUUCAGGAUCAGUUUAAGAAGCUUCAUCAGUUUCUAGAGGAGGAAGAGGAGGCCAGGAUCUCUGCUCUGAGGGAGGAAGAGGAGCAGAAGAGUGGGGUGAUGAAGGAGAAGAUGGAGGCUCUGAGCAGAGGGAUAGCAGCUCUUUCAGACACAGUCAGAGCCACAGAGGACGAGCUGAGAGCUGAAGACGUCUCGUUCCUCAACAACUACAAGGCUGCAGUGGAAAGAGUCAGCAGGCGCCCCCUGCUGGAGGAUCCACAGCUGCUCUCAGGAGCUCUGAUAGACGAGGCCAAACACCUGGGCAACCUGACCUUCAACAUCUGGGGCAAGAUGAAGGACCUGGUCUCCGACAGUCCUGUGGUUCUGGACCCAAACUCUGCUCAUCCAGACCUCAUCCUGUCUGAAGACCUGACCAGUGUCAGAGGAGGAGAGAGACAGAAGCUUCCUGAAAACCAAGAGAGGUCUAAUACUUUAAACCCAUCCUUGGUUUUGUCUCAAGGACUCAGUGCUGGAUGUGAGCGUUAAGACAGUGCAUCUUGGUUUCUGGGUGUGGCAAAAGAGCCUGUUGAGAGGAACGGAAGUAUGUGGUCUAGAAUAUGGAGAAUAGGGUUCUCUCAUGGUAAAUAUAAAGCCUUCGCCCUUGCCCCACCGAUCGUUCUAUCGGAACCGAAGAAGCUCCAGAUGAUCCGAGUGAAUCUGGACUGGGACCGAGGACUACUGUCGUUCUCUGACCCUAACACCAACACACACAUACACACCUUCACGCACACCUUCACCGAGAAGGUGUUUCCAUACUUCAGCGGUCGCGAUGAAUUCCCGACAGAGGCAGUAGGCGACGGUGGGAAAUGCGCGGAGCGCGUCGUGCCCGAUGACGAUCGUCCGGAGAGGCAGCUGUGGCGGGUGUGGCUCAGCGGUGCAGCUGGUCGCCGUAGAGCGUUCCAUCGCGGGGCUCCUCAAAUCCACGUCCAUGUGUCCUCGGGCAAGAGGCCGAACCCCCGAAUUGCUCUGCGAGACUUGACUCGUCUGCUGGACAGACUGCACAGCAGUAAACAGCCAGUACAGACCACAAGGUCGGCAACGCCUGUAAUCAGUUAUCCAUGUUUGAUUAACCUGAUCGAUAAUCAAUGCUGCGUCCAGCGUGACGAAUCCGGGAAGGACUCGUCGUUCCUGCUGAAACCUGAUCGAGUUGCGAACGUCAUCGUCUUCAAAGGUUUCUAUGAGCGUUCUACAAACACAAUGGCUUCCAGAUCAGAGGAUCUCUCCUGCUCCAUCUGCCAGGACGUCUUCAAGGAUCCGGUUGUCCUGUCCUGUAGCCACAGCUUCUGUAAAGACUGUCUGAAGAGAUGGUGGAGAGAUAAACUAACUCAGGAGUGUCCAGUUUGUAACAGAAGAUCCUCAAGGAGUGAACCGCCUGUUAGUUUGGUGAUAAAGAACCUGUGUGAGUCCUUCUUACUGCAGAGAGACCAGAGAGCUCCAGAGACUCUCUGCAGUCUGCACUCUGAGAAACUCAAACUCUUCUGUCUGGACCAUCAGCAGCCGGUGUGCGUCUGCAGAGAUUCAGAGAAACACACCGACCACAGAUUCAAACCCAUCGAUGAAGCUGCAGAGGAUCUCAAAGAGGAGCUCCAGAGAUCCCUGAAGCCCUUAAAGGAGAAACUGAAGCUGUUUGAACAAGUCAAAGGAAACUGUGAUCAAACAGCAGAACACAUGAAGGUCCAGGUCCAACACACAGAGAGACAGAUUCAGGAUCAGUUUAAGAAGCUUCAUCAGUUUCUAGAGGAGGAAGAGGAGGCCAGGAUCUCUGCUCUGAGGGAGGAAGAGGAGCAGAAGAGUGGGGUGAUGAAGGAGAAGAUGGAGGCUCUGAGCAGAGGGAUAGCAGCUCUUUCAGACACAGUCAGAGCCACAGAGGACGAGCUGAGAGCUGAAGACGUCUCGUUCCUCAACAACUACAAGGCUGCAGUGGAAAGAGUCCAGCAGCGCCCCCUGCUGGAGGAUCCACAGCUGCUCUCAGGAGCUCUGAUAGACGAGGCUAAACACCUGGGCAACCUGACCUUCAACAUCUGGAGCAAGAUGAAGGACCUGGUCUCCGACAGUCCUGUGGUUCUGGACCCAAACUCUGCUCAUCCAGACCUCAUCCUGUCUGAAGACCUGACCAGUGUCAGAGGAGGAGAGAGACAGAAGCUUCCUGAAAACCAAGAGAGGUCUAAUAACUUUAAACCCAUCCUUGGUUUUGUCUCAAGGACUCAGUGCUGGGAUGUGAGCGUUAAAGACAGUGCAUCUUGGUUUCUGGGUGUGGCAAAAGAGCCUGUUGAGAGGAACGGAAGUAUGUGGUCUAGAAUAUGGAGAAUAGGGUUCUCUCAUGGUAAAUAUAAAGCCUUCGCCCCGUUGGCCCCACCGAUCGUUCUAUCGGAACCGAAGAAGCUCCAGAUGAUCCGAGUGAAUCUGGACUGGGACCGAGGACUACUGUCGUUCUCUGACCCUAACACCAACACACACAUACACACCUUCACGCACACCUUCACCAAGAAGGUGUUUCCAUACUUCAGCGGUCGCGAUGAAUUCCCGACAGAGGCAGUAGGCGACGGUGGGAAAUGCGCGGAGCGCGUCGUGCCCGAUGACGAUCGUCCGGAGAGGCAGCUGUGGCGGGUGUGGCUCAGCGGUGCAGCUGGUCGCCCGUAGAGCGUUCCAUCGCGGGGCUCCUCAAAUCCACGUCCAUGUGUCCUCGGGCAAGAGGCCGAACCCCCGAAUUGCUCUGCGAGACUUGACUCGUCUGCUGGACAGGUGACACCUGGUGGCCACAGCCGCCAGCAUGUGAACGGCAUGAGUGACGUUGUUUAAAAGUGCUUUCCAGAACGUUUUCAUUGGAUUUGACCCGGAAUGAUACCUGAAUAUUAUUUCCUUGCUGAUUUGGGGAAACUAAAGUAGUGUCUGCUCCUCUGUCACUCUGAAUCAGAAGAUCAAAAUGUUGAAUAAAUGAAGAAGAAUGUCGUUUUUCAUGACGCCGUCUGAAAAAAGAGGUUUCAGACUUUUGAAUUAAAGCAAUAAAACAACAAUGCAAGCUGGAAACAAGUGACGAUGUUCUGGAUGAGUUGGCGGCCACCCCCGUAUUAAUUUCAGGGAGGUUUUCCAAUGUUUCGUCUCACAAGCAGAUUAUGCAGAAGUUUAAUUUUGUUGGACUAUUUAUUUGCAUGCAAGUUAACCUAAACAGUUUAAUCUUUUGGCUUGGUUUCACUAACCAUCAUUUCAGUCACAUUUGAUCAACAUAAGUACACAUAAUACCGUUGUCUGUGGUUAUAGUUUAUAAUGAUUUUUGUUGUUGAGGCAGUGCGCAUGAUUUUAGUCUGUUAUGAACAUUUAAAACCUUCAUAAUGUAUUUCAUAGCCUUUUUAAUCUGUAACCUGCUUGUUUUUAAUCUUCUUUUAAACAACUUUAACUGUAAACCAAUAAAGGAUGAAUUGAAGAAGGAGAUAUGUAUAUGUAUGGAACAUUUAAAUAUGUAAUUGUUUUAGGUAUCAUACAUUACGAGUCUACACAAGCUGCAUUGUUUGAAAAUAAAAAUA